AGAGAAACAUAAAAUACGCUGAGAAAACAGAUAAUCGGUUCACGCAAGUAAUAAUGUUUACCCUAAGGUAAUGGACACACACACUAGUCAAAUAUGUACUAAAGCUAUAAUUUGUAUGAUUGCCCUAAACUAUAAGUAGUUUAUUGUAAUUUUUAGCUAAUACAACAGUUUAUUUAAAUUUGUAGACUGAAUUAUAUAUAAACUUUGAUCAAAUGCAUGGAACCUACGAGGUAGUUCGUGAAAAGAAUUUGGCGGACUCGUUAUGACACCAGCACUGAGAUGGCAGGAUUGCCCUGUGAACACCUACUAUACAAUCAAUCGAAUUUUAUUACUAUGUGUCGGCUUAUGGCCGUAUUACACCUCUACUCUCAGAUAUAUCGUAAUAUUAACAACAAGUGGAUUGCUAGUAAUAGGCGUAGUAAUUCAGCUAUUGACUUUCGUCACAACAGAAUAUACUAUAGGCAUUCUUCUACGUGUCCUCGCGUACAGCAUCGGAUGGUUAGGCUAUGCAAUAAAGUAUAAUGUUCUCUGCUUAAACAUAAAAGGGAUUCGAAGCCUGAUGGAACAAAUGCUUAAAAAUUGGAAUGAGUUACACAACAAACAAGAAAUUGAAAUAAUAAAAGAAUACUCAAAUAUUGGAAGAUUCAUCACAUUAAUUACCUCAUUGAUCAUCUAUGUACUUGGUGGUUGCAUCAUUCUGAUGCAAUUUUUAUCAAACUUUCUUCUGGACAUCACGUCGAGUAAAAACGAAUCACAUCUACGACAAUUCCCGAUCUUAUUCGAAUGUUUUAUAGAUCAGCAAAAGUAUUUUUAUCCGCUUUUGUUGUUACUAAGUUUGGCUGUCAUGAGUGGUAUGACCACAAUGGUAGCCACCGAAACGCUUAGUCUAUCACAUGCUUAUCAUGCGUGUGGUUUAUUUGAAAUAGCAAGUUAUCGCAUAGAACAAGCAUUCCUGAAAGAUAUGGUACAAGGUAAUGCGUCUUCUACCGAGAAAAAAUCCAUACUAUACCAAAGAAUAAUCAGUGGCUUCAAUAUGUACAAAAUAGCGAUUGAGUUCAUCGAAAUGUUGAAGAGCAAUUAUGCAUUGGCGUAUUCAUUAUUAAUACCCUUUGGAGUAUUAUCGCUGAGUAUUAAUCUUUAUCGCUUAUCUCGAUUAAUAACGUCCAAGGAUUACAAUGAAACGUUUAUAAGUAUUAUCUUCAUCGUGGGUCAUUUUAUGCAUAUGUUUUUCGUUAACUUCAUUGGACAAAAAGUGAUCGAUCAUAGUAGCGAUAUUUUUCAUAAAAUAUACAACGUAAAAUGGUAUCUAGCUCCGUUAAAAGUACAAAAAUUAUUGAUGCUUAUAAUGCAAAGGAGCAUACGACAUUGCACAAUGGUCAUGUUUACCUUGUUUAUUCCAUCAUUUGAAGGGUUUGCUACGCUUGUAAGUACGUCCAUUUCAUAUUUUGCAUUGAUUGUUUCUCUAUUUUAAUUAUCCGCAGAAAAUAGAAAUCAGGAUUAAAAUUCCACGACACGAGU